GGACGUGACCAGUUAAAAGAGCAAAAGAGAGAGAGAGAAAAUGAUAGAUGAAGCUGGGAGGUGCUGGACGGGCGAGCGAGUGAGCGAGAGAUAAGAGAGCGAGCGAGAGAGAGAAAGCGAGCAGUGCCAGAGGAAACACUCAGACAGAACAAAUGAGCAGCCGUGGCUCUGCUCCGCUACAGACGCUGAUAUCGGCACGCCGGCGAGAGCUCAGAUUACAGCCGGAGAGGAUCCCCGCUCCCUGAGAAACAGCCCAAGACUGACACUUUCUCUCAAGUGGGAUCUCCAAACCCAAAAACUAGCGAGUUUUUCCAGCUUUCGUGGUCGCAGAUCUCUCCACAUGCACAGAUCAUGGAUUCCCUCUUGACAGCAGCGGUGCAUGGAGAUCUGGACACCACCGAUUUGGACGUGUGAUGACCAUGGAGAGCAUGUUUAUCGGUAAUGCUUGUCAGAGUGGCCUAGUGCCAGCGCUGGUUCGAGCUCCUCUUCCCGCUGUGCCCUCCUCUUUGGGCAUGAAGCACUUUGUCCCUUUUGCUUUGGAUGGCGGCUCUGCGCUCAGCCUCAUUCCCAGCUUCAGCAGCAUGAAUGCAGUUCAGAAAGCUGUUUUGCAUCACACGAUCAGCACUUCGGCCCCCUCAAAAAGAAAAGCAAUGUCGUGUGGCGUUUGCCAUCUGAGGUUCAACUCGCAGAGCCAGGCUUUGGCCCACUACAAAGGCACCAAACAUGCCAAGAAGCUCAAAUCCUUGGACGCCCCCAAAUGCCUGAAACACAAGAGCUCCUCAGCAAGCAGGGAAAACACCAACAAGGAGCUUCCCAAAGGCCUCGUGCCCUCUACAGUGGCCUACAGUGAGGACAGAAAAGGUGGAGAUGCAGGAGCUCUCGUGGCCCCUUCAUCACCCUCUUCGGCUCCAGCGUCUGGCCCCAGCACUGACUCCACAGAGUCUGCUUCAGUAUCAGGAGAAGAGGACGGUUCCUCCUGCACACCCGUCCCGCCUGAAUCAGAGGAGAACCACAGCGGGACAAGUCCAGAGUCCGAGACGGAGGAUGAGAAAGCCCUGCGUCUGCUCUACUGCUCUCUCUGUAAAGUGGCGGUGAACUCUGUGUCACAGCUGGACGCGCAUAACAGCGGCACCAAACACAAAACCAUGCUGGAGGCUCGAAGCGGCAACGGCUCCAUCAAAUCCUUCCCCAGGACUGGGCAGAAGAGCAAACUCCCCACCGAUGCCUCUAAAACAGCAGACACCGGCCUGCAGAACAAGACAUUUCACUGUGAAACCUGCGACGUGCGUGUCAAUUCAGAAACGCAGCUCAAACAGCACAUCAGCAGCAGACGCCAUAAAGACAGAGCUGCAGGAAAACCAGCCAAACCCAAGUUCAGUCCCUACACCAAAACCCAGAGAGGAGCCAGCAAACAGACACAGGUGAAGAUGCCGGUUGGUAAAGAUCUGUGCUCUCCUCUGACCACCAGAAUAAUGCCGUCCCACCUGGCAGCUGUCGCGGCAGCAGCCGCCUCCAUUGGCUCCACCUUCCCGCUGCGUGCCUGUCAUAACCCCACCCUCUUUCAGACUCAGUCCCUCCCCGCUGCGCUGCUCCGCCCUGCUCCAGGGCCAAUCAGAACUGCUCACACACCUCUGCUCUUUGCCCCCUACUGACCUUUAAACUAUGACUUUCACCUCUAAAGCACCAUAUCGCAAUAAUUUAAAAACAAGACUCAAACCAGGUAACUAUGCAUCGUCAUUUACAUGUGACACACGUGUGAUGUCAAGCUAUAAAUGUGGAUUUUGGAUGUUUUUUUUUGGUACGGAACACAUUCAUCAUCAUCAUCAUCAUCAUCGCCGCUUAUGAGCACAGGAUUGACUUGUAAAUUUAAGGUGAGUUGGGGAACACAGAGGUGUUAAUUAUGGGGUGAAUGGAAAGUGUGUUUCUCUGCUGUUUUGCACUUUAAGCUUUUCUGUUGGUGCUUUCGGUGCUUUAGAUUUAGACUAGAUCUCUUCCUGUUUUCCAGCUGUUACUGUACUGUAACCAGGUCAUCAGGGCUUAAUUUCUCAAUGGACCCUUUUCACGUUCCUGUGAUUCUCCAUUAAAUAUGUUUCUGAAUGAA